AAGUGGCUGGGGGAGGAUUUCCGACCCAGUCAGAGCGAAGAUGGUGGCGGCUCAGGGAGAGGAAUUCUCCCGGAGAAGACGCACAAAGUAGCCGUUGAACUCCGGCUGCAGCUCGGCUUUUAUUGUUGCUCCCCCCCCAGCCCUGGAGCAGACAGAGAGACUUGAGUGUGAGAGGGGAAAGGGUGGCAACCAGCGGCGGACGGAAGAGGACGCACCACAGCCAGAGCGCGCAGCCUUGUGUUUGUUGGACACAUGCAUGCCAGCGAAAACUAGUGCUGCCCAGACCCGAGGAAUUGCUUUGCGAUAAGGAGACACUGCUGUUUAUGAGGGGGGCGUCUUUUAAUUAUCUCACUGUGGAGAUAUCCGCGGGCUUUCCUGCAUUGCUCUGGGGAUUUUCUACUUCUUUGCUCUGGGGGAAUGCGAGGGCAGGAAAUCCAGCCUCUGCUCCAAAUAACCAGAGACUCCUAACUGGGUCUCCUCUUCAAACGCAGGAAAUACGGCCUGGGAAAAAAAGUUUGGGAGCUUUUGGAAACGAGAAGGGGGCUUCCCCCCCCACCACAGUUGUUUAUGUUUUGCACGCGUUUUGCGACUUGGUUUUGAAGUGUCGCGUGUUUGUAUUUGUAUGAAGCGCUGCUGUUGUUUCACAGAGUGAGUUGAAGACGAGCGUUUAGAUGUUAACACGCCGUUGGUGUUGUUAUUGCAGGCGUUUUUGAUCAUCACUAUUUAUAGACCAGCCUGUCCCGAACGAGGCUGUUCCUCAUAGCUGUAGCCUAUGUUUUGCCAACUGCGCGCAACAAGUUGCAGACACUCCCAGCAGAGGCAAAGCUUCGCUAAACUGGGCGAGUGGAUGGUAUUUUCUGCGCUUCUCUUUUCGGAUUACGCUUCUGUGGAUCGCGCACAGCCCUCGCCGACCCCCUCUUUGGAAGGCAGAGGGGGGAAUAAACCGUGGAGAUCCGAAGAGGCAGUCCAGGAAAGGACGGGGCUGGAUCCGUGGGAACAGGCCUGCCUGUCAGGCCUUUCAUGAUCCCAUUCCUGGACUGGACAGGACUCCAAAAUAACUCAGUCUGGAUUAUUUGCAAGGACCCGCUGGAUUAAAGAUGGAAGAAGAGUGUGUGAAGGUGCGAAAUGCAAAAUCCCUUUCCCACCAAGUUAUACAUGAAAGGAUGUAGUGGAAGUUAAAGUGGUCAGAAUUUCAAAUUACACACUUUUUCUUUUCUUUUUACAUAAUUAACGGAAUGAAUAGUUUAUCUACAUGAUAGACUAAGUCUAAUUUAGAACACGCAAUAUAGCAGCUAUACACCGAUGUUACAUCAAAGUGAUUAAAUUAUUACUUUUGACUAUAUAUUUUUACUUUUUGUAGUUUUGAUGCGGGGUUUUCAUAUUUUAAUAGCACUUUAGGGGGGAUUUGAAACAAAGGGAACACGUCGUGGAGACACAGGGACAUAGUGACUUUUGGAGCCAGCUGUUGACAGCCUGCAUCAAUAACUGCUCAUUCAUUCAAACCCCGGACCUGAGCGCGCGUGUGUGUGUGUGUGUGUGUGUGUGUGUGUUUUAUCCUCCUGCCUCAUGCCAACAAUUCGGGAUGAAGAAAGAAUCUGGGUAUUUCCCUGAAGCUGUCUUGACUGUGUGAUGCCAGCAGCAUCGACACACCACGCACAUCCAGAGGAGGUCAUUUCCAGUCAUGUAACGUCAGGAGCGACUUGAUUCCCCCCCCUACACACACACACAUACACACACACGCGCGCGCGCGCGCACACACACACGUUGCAUCACCACGAACUAGUCCUUUUCCGAGAAGGAUGUUCAAGUCAGGGGGCAGAAAGAGUGAUGACAGUGUUUUUACCGCAGCUGGAGAGAACGCCGGGCUCAAACCCAGAGCCUCUUUGGAGAGAGGGAUGCGUGUAAUGUGAGUACUGACGCAAAACCCGAGGUCGGAUAAUGGACUGCUCAAGAAACUGGAACGGCGCGUGUUGUGUGAGUGAGUGUGGAGACUGCUGUGUGCGUAGACGUCACGUAUGUUCGGCGCUCACCAUUCAUGCAGUGUGAUCAUUCCAGCAAGCACCUCUGCACUCUCUCUCUCUCUCUCUGUCUCUGUCUGUGUCUCUCCCUCUCUCCCUCUCUCCUCCUCGCCGUGCCACAUGUGCACACACGCACCCACGUCUGUAGUGGCCUGAGCGCCAUCAGAAGACACUAUUAAUAUUCAACAGCCCCCUCGUUUUCCCGUCACGUCACUCAAUAUGGCCACUCUGCAACAGCACCGGCAGCUCCUGAUGCGUGGAACCGAAGUCAGCUGCGACUCCAGCGGAGACGGAGCCGUGACCGUGCGAAUCAACAACAGCGCGCCACACGUGCAUCGACAUGAGCCGCUGAGGGCUGCCAACUGUGGAGCUGGAGGAGCUGGAGGCUGUGGGACUGCGAGUACUGUGAACCCUGACCCCCACAAAUACAGCAUUUCCUCCAGCUGCAGCUCGGCAGAGUCCAGGCCAGCUGUGACCUCUGCUUUGAGGGUCCACAGGAAGGCACCACCGUUGUUUGAACGCUCUGCAGCCCAAUGCUGGGACCCCAAAUUUGACUCAGCCAUCCUGGAAGAGGCGUGUCAAGAGAGGUGUUUUCCUCAGACACAGAGGCGUUUCCGUUAUGUCCUGUUCUACCUUGCAGUGGCAGCUGUACUCUGGGGGGUGUACUUUGGGGUCAAUAAUACCCGCUGCAGCCCUUUGACCUUUCUAGCACCCACAGUCUCCUUUUUGGUCUUUUUAGUGCUCCUUUUUUUGUUCACAUUCACACAGCCCUACACGUGGCUGUACAACCAAACCUCCCUGCUCCUGAUAGCGGUCACCUUCGCUAUUACCUUAGCUCCACAGAUACAGACUGCUGGUUACACUGAGCUGGAGUGGGCCGGUGGUGGGAAUGCCUCAUAUCACUCACCAGAUGCUAUAAACUAUAAACCACAAACUAUAACCCUCUGCAUCUCCCCUGUAGGCACCUUCUCCCUGUGCAUGGAGGUUCUGCUGUUGUUAUACAGUGUCCUCCAUGUCCGUCUGUAUGCCUCAGUGAUGCUCGGGCUUCUCUAUUCUAUUUUAUUUGAAGCACUAGGAUGGCUCCCCUUGCUUCAAAGCAAUUAUGAAUCUGGCAGAAGGGAUACUGGAGCAGAGGGUUCAGGCUCCGAUUGGGAAGGAGACACACUCCGCUGGCUUGGUCCAGCCAAAGCUCUGCUCCAUUUGUGUGCUCAUGUCAUUGGCAUCCACCUGUUUAUCAUGUCAGAGGUUCGUUCCCGCAGCACCUUCCUCAAAGUGGGCCAGGCUAUCAUGCAUGGCAAAGACUUGGAGGUGGAGAAGGCCUUGAAGGAACGCAUGAUUCACUCAGUCAUGCCACGGAGAGUUGCAGACGAGCUGAUGAAGCAGGGCGACGAUGAGGGUGGUGGGGAGAACUCCGGCAAGCGUUAUUCCUCUGGUGCUUGUUCUGCCUCAGCCAUCUCUGUGGGUGGUGGAGGAAACUGCGGAGCUUCACAAGCCCAAAGUACCACAAGCCCCAAAAAUCACCCUCACAACAAUCACAAACGCAAGAAGACCUCCAUCCCCCGUGGACAGAUAAUAUUUAGGCCCUUCAACAUGAAACGCAUGGAGCCUGUGAGCAUCCUCUUUGCAGACAUUGUGGGUUUCACCAGAAUGUCUGCCAAUAAGUCAGCACCAGCCUUGGUGGGACUUCUCAAUGACCUGUUUGGACGUUUUGACCGGCUCUGUGAACUAACUCAUUGUGAGAAGAUCAGCACCCUGGGAGAUUGCUACUACUGCGUAGCAGGUUGCCCUGAGCCCAGACCGGACCACGCCUACUGCUGUGUUGAGAUGGGUCUGGGCAUGAUCCAGGCCAUCGAACAGUUCUGUCAGGAGACGCGUGAGACUGUCAACAUGCGAGUUGGUGUCCACACAGGCACUGUUCUCUGUGGGAUCCUGGGAAUUAAACGCUUCAAGUUUGAUGUGUGGUCGAACGAUGUCAAUCUGGCUAACCUGAUGGAGCAGCUGGGCGUGGCAGGAAAGGUCCACCUGUCAGAGGCCACUGCCCGAUUCCUGGAUGACCGCUACCAGAGGGAGGAUGGGCGGGUGGCGGAGAGAGCCGGGGAGAGUGUGGUGGAGAAACUCAAGGGGCUGCAGACGUACCUGAUCUCAGGGAGGAAGUUGGAGCACAAUGUGCAGUGUGAAUGUUCUCAGGUGGGACUGCCGGGUGGAGACACUGGAAGGGUCGGCCUGUCCUCCUGUCCUCAGCCACACACACCAGACCUCAUCCCUGGUGGGGCACAGGCUGCAGAGCCCCUCUUGUCUCUCCAACCACCAGACAGGAUUGGGCCUCCCUGUGUGCCCCGUAGUGUGGCCUUGUCUGUGGGAACAGAGCAGGGUGAUGAUGUGGCUGUGUUGAAUGGCUGCCAGGAGGAGCGCAAGACUAGUAGUGCAAAGUUCAUCCCGGGUCACAGCCCCAGGGCGGCCAAUGGUCUCCUGAGUCCUCCACUGGAAGACCCAGUGCAGGCAAGCCAGAGCUCCCUGUGUGACAUGCUCCAGGAGAAAGAGAAGAAGACCAGCACCAGCACAGGAACUGGCACCAGUCUAGGCAUGACUGGGGGCACGGGGGCAGCGGGUCCAGGUAUAGACCACUCCGCCCUCAUCCAGCUGCGUGCCAAGAACUUCAGAGAAAAGAGCGACGCCCACUUUGUGGAUGUUAUCAGGGAGGACAGUCUGAUGAAGGAUUACUUUUUCAAGCCACCCAUCAACAAGAUCAGCCUCAAUUUCUUAGAGAGACCUCUGGAAAUGGCAUAUCGCAGCAGCUACAAGGAAGAGGUGAAAAAACAGGCUCAGGUGCAAACAUUUGCAAGCUCCACCUUCAGUUCUUUCUUGGACGUUCUCCUCAGCUGUUUUGUCUUCUUGGCCCUGACCCUGGCCUGCUUCCUGCCACCUCUCGUGAGCCCAGCCACUGUGGGCCCUCCAGCUCCUGCUGCCCUGGUCCUGGCUCCCCUGGCAGGCUUGUUGGAGCUGGCCUCCCUGGUGCUGUCCAUACGUAUGGCCUUCUAUUUGGAGGAGGUGAUGCACUGUACCCGUAUCCUGCUCCUAGUGGUCUCUGGAUGGGUUCCCCGUCAUGUGAUCGGGGCCGUGUUAGUGUCCCUACCAGCAGUCUCGGUCUUAUCCCACCUCACCUACAGCAUCCACCUGCCCCUCCAGGUGACCAUGUUCCUGUGCUGCGCCACCAUCCUGGCCAUCAUCCAGUAUUGUAACUUCUGUCAACUUAGUUUCUGGAUGCGUUCAGUCCUGGCCACUGUUACUGGAGUUGCUCUGCUGCUGCUGUUGUACAGCCCUUUACACAGGAACAGUUUCGGUAAUAACAGCUUGCAGGUUCAUGGACGGAACAUCUCCACAUCAAGUGAUGGUGCUUCAGAACUGGGCCCUGACCCUCCACCACGACCUCUUGACCUUUUGCUCCCAGAGGCUGUCCUGGCCUUCUUCCUGCUCCUUCUCCUGGUCUGGUUCCUCAACCGCGAGUUCGAGGUCAGCUACCGUCUCCAUUACCAUGGCAACGUGGAGGCUGACAAACACCGCUCCAAGAUUCAGAUGAUGCGAGACCAGGCUGAGUGGUUACUGGGAAACAUCAUCCCCAUUCACGUCGCUGACCAGCUCAAGGUCACGCAGAGCUACUCCAAGAACCAUGACAGCGUGGGUGUGAUCUUUGCCAGUAUUGUAAACUUCAGUGAGUUCUAUGAAGAGAGUUACGAAGGUGGAAAAGAGUGCUACCGUGUCCUCAACGAGCUCAUCGGAGACUUCGAUGAGCUCCUUCGCAAACCUGAAUUCGAAAGUGUGGAAAAAAUCAAGACAAUUGGGGCCACGUACAUGGCAGCGUCGGGGCUGAAUGUCCGGCAGCCGGCUGAGAGCGACGAUGACUCUCCCCACGGUCACCUGAGGGCACUUUUCAACUUUGCCCUGGAGAUGAUGGGCGUCCUGGACGACUUCAACAAGAACAUGCUAGGUUUUGGUUUCAAGCUCCGUAUUGGAUAUAACCAUGGGCCGCUGACGGCAGGGGUGAUAGGCACCACCAAGCUGCUCUAUGACAUCUGGGGAGAUACGGUAAACAUUGCCAGCCGCAUGGACUCCACUGGUGUGGAGUGUCGGGUGCAGGUGAGUGAGGAGAGCCACGCUCUGCUCAGCACUAUGGGUUUAGAGUUUGACUAUAGAGGUACCGUGAAUGUUAAAGGCAAAGGUCAAAUGAGGACCUAUUUAUACCCAAAAAGUGGGGGAAUUAUAAGUCAAGAUCGCAUGGAGGAGGCCAUUGGCCUCGGACCCUCAUUCGUGGCAUUGCCAGCCAAUAAGACUACAGGAUCUGUUGCCCAGGGAGCAGCUCUUCCUCCCUCAUCUCCUCCUCCUUCCCUCUCUCUAUCCACACACCCUCUACAACUCCAAAGUGCUGGAAGGCCAUCAGGAGCAGGGUCUGAGCCUGUCCAAGCUAAGUCCACAGGGAUGGGGGAGGAAGGAUAUAGGGACGCUCCAAACCUCCCUGGACAGUCCUCUGCCACAGACCUUCACUCCACUCCCUGCUCUGAACAAGGCACAGAACCUGGUGCCGCACAAAUGACCCCCCGGGGGCAGCAUGCUCCCCUCGCUCUUCAGGAGGAGGAGGAGGAUGAGGAGGUCAAUGAGCUGACGAAACUCAAUGAGGAGUUUUAUGCUCGUCUCUGAUCCCUUCCUCUUUCCUUCCCCUGUCUUGACUCCCUCAGCUGCUGCCUCUCCAGGCCUGAUUGCAGGUAUGGGCAGGAUGUCCCUCCCAUUAGGCAAGUGUCUUCUGUAGAUGGAUGAAGAAGAGUCAUAUCAACACCAACCGUGGCUAUGUCAGCUGUGAAAAUGGCUACUAACAUCUCAAAUGGGAAUGUUACCUGAGUGUUGGGGUAGGUUCGGCCUGUGUUGAGCACAGUUUAUUAUGGGGAACCGGCUGACAGGAAACAAGAGGGAAAAGAAGAUUUGUUGGUGUUGUUGAUGAUGGUUUCUUUUGUUUGUUUUUUUUGUAUUCAUUUUUGUUAUCAAGUGCCUUCAGGACUAGAGCAGUGAACAAACAAAUAUGAAUGCUGAACAAAGUUUUAACAAUCUUAGGCCACAGAACGUGCUGUGGUUUCUUACUCCAUGCUCUUAUCUUCAAUGCAAGUAUUUCUUUAAAAAAAAAAAAAAUCAUUAUUGUUGUGCCAUAUCAUUUGUUUUACCUUGAUCAAAGUCUUGACCUUACAUAAGGGAAAAUAAGUUUAGAUUCUAUAUAAGUGCCAGUGCAGCAUGAUGGGCUUAGCAGGGAACUAAGGGAAGAUGAGGGACUCACAUGAAGCAGUGUUAAUUUAUGUAUUCUGCUUUGACUGCUUUGACAUGAGGGCUUAAUACAUUAUUCAUUUGUGCUUGAGUCUAAUGCUACAAAGCAGGCUGAAUAGAUUUUAGUUUGUGUGUAGCAGCUAAAUGCACACGUUAAGCACAGGUCUUGCACAGUGUUUUCUCGACCACUUGUAUUUGGUAGUUAUUACCAUGAGAAGGCUUUGAAGAUUUUUAGUUCUUGAGUUCUUGUCUUUCACAACAAGUGCAAUCAAAAGCGCAAAAUCAAAUAAUAUAAGGGAAUAUAGAUUUAGAAGAAAUUAUGAGUUAAAAAUGUUUUUCUUUUUAAAGUGACAUCACUUCACAAAAACCAGUAAGGCACUUUAAAUAUACCUGAACUUAUGCUCUACAUUUCAGUAAGAAACACUCACCCCACAUAGGCCUGAAAGGUGGUUGUAAAAAUGUAGGUUUGUCCCAAAAAAAACAAUAACAAAUAAGAAAACACAGAUGGCAAUUGUGAUCAACGUAGGUUGAUGUUGGUUAAAUUGGAAACUUCUCAAACCAAUCCUGCACUAUAAUCCACUUUUCUGCUUUUGUGCAUGUAUUCCUUUUUUCUUUUCAACCAAAGUACUGGUCCAGUGUGUGCUUUUUCAUUGGGUCAGAGCCACUGCAUUGGACUGUGUUUGCAUUAAAAACUCCAUCAAGGGAUAAAAACUUGUAAUAAAAAAUUCUAAUGAAAUUCCAUGAAAAGACCAAAACCAAUAAUGUAUAAAAACAUAGCAGGAAAUGGAGUUGAUGACAGAAAUAACACACAACAAAUGUGUCUGGGAAGUUGUGGACGUUGUGGCCACAGGGCAGCGAGCAGUGUAUUUGUUGAGGACUAUUUUCAGCGGCGGAUUUGCUCCGGUAGUGUGUAUUCACGGCAGUGGGACAGUGUAUGUGGGACAGACCCCCCCCGGUUUGUUCUAUGAAGGAGUCAACACAGACUGAUAAAGACUCAUGGUUAUUUGUAGGUCUUUUCAAGGGAUAAAAAUAAAGAAUGUCACCAGACUUAUCCUUUUAAAAUCUACAGUGGGGUGAAAGAUUUCAGGUCUGAGAGGGACAGUCACGGUGUAGUUCUCGGUAAAUUGUGGGCUGGUCUGCGUUGCCUUCGGUUAAGGCAUCAACUGCAGCAGCAGUUUACUGUGUGGGAAAACCUUCUUGGCCUUCUUUGCUGAAUAAAAACAAACAUCUGUCAGUCCAUUAUUGUAGAGGUUUUCAGUCGUUCAGUAUUGUCUGUAUUGCCUCUUCACUUAGAGGAGCCUCUACUGUAACAAUACACUUAAAUUGUGCCACUUUAAUUGAGUGAUCUGUAGGUGCAGUGCAACCUAAACUAGCGGAUUGUUUUGUGGUGCCUAAAAUUAUGACUUUAUUCUUUUUUUUUUUGAGUACUUUGGUUUUCAGAAAGUUGUUUGGGUUUUUUUUAAUCAUGCUUUUGUCAUAAUGAGGAUAGAUUAUGAUUGUUUUUAUGUUGAAAUCAUGCUCAUUGUUGCAGGUUUUGUUGCAUUUUCUGGACAAAAUUCCAUCUGUUAUUCAUCUUUUUCCAACCUCCUUUAUUUUGUCCAUUAGGCUGCCUGAACUUUACAGUGGUGUUCCCCUCAAAAUACCUGGCACCUCUUUAAUUCUCUGUUAUCACUUCAUGCUUUGUCUUCUCUCCUGAAAGAACUCCUUUUCCUUUUUACUUUGUGUGUGUGUGUGUGUGUGUGUGUGCGUGUGAGAGUGAGAGAGAGAGAGAAAAUAUUUAACUUUUACACCAAGUUGGUAAACCAUAAGAGAUCACUGUUGCAAAAGGAAAUCAAUCAACCACAUGACCAUUGACAAACUGUGCUUUUGCUGUCACUGCUAUAUAUGAAAGGGAAUUACAUGCACAGAGUUGUAUGUGAAAGGGAGUAAAGCCUUAAAAUGAUGUACAAUUAUCAUUUAAUGAACUGCAAGUGAAUCACCACCGCAUCUUUAAAAAGAAAAACAUAGUGUGUAUAUUUUUAAUAUAUAAACCAAUGUCUGUUACAUUCAAACCAUCACACGAGAUCACACAAUACAGAUGAAGUCUAUCAACUUCAUACGACUCUCUUCUGUGUGUGUGUUUCGAUCUCGUGUUGCCUGGCGACAUUCCUGCGCUGCACGCAGGAAGUGAUGUGUUAUAUGUCAAGACAGAUGGAGGCAUUAGCAACGUUGUGUUAGUAAAGUGAGACAACUGCAAAAAAAACAGUUUGGAGUGUGACAGAAAACACAAAGAAGAGCUGCCAAAAGGUUUAAGAAGUGAAUUAAAUAUACAUAUAUAUAU